GGUGGGGCAGGUCUGAGGGUCCUGCUGGGGGAUGGGAAGGCCCUCCCCUUCUGGCUCCUCCUCUGCCUGGCAUUUGGAAGCGUCCUGUGACAGGGACAGCUGCUGCUUCCUGGCCCGCUGCAACAGGCACAGCCCGGGAAGGUCAGACCCUGAAGGGCCCUUCCUUGUGGACGGACGGAGCCCGGAGGCCGGAGGCCCACCACACACCAUGCAAAGGCUGACUCGGGCUUCGAGGCUGCUCCAGGCCUCCCUGAGAGGCUCCCCCGUUCUCCGGGCCCACAUCUCGGCCCGGCCGGCCAGGGAUCCCACCAGCUCCGGAGAGCAGGCUGCCGCCUUGGUGGUCACCUUCCUCACGUUCCUGGGCCCCCCGGCAUGGAUCCUGGCGCACUUCGACAGCUACAAGAAGGCCUCCGGCUAGCCCGGGGUGCCCGCGGCCUCCACUUGCUCCCCGGAGCUGCUCAUUAAAGUUCUCUCACGCCCAAA